GACCGAGGGGAGUUAUUUUUACCUGUAGGCAGCAGAUCUUUGGAAGGUUGCUCAUGAUAGAAACUUGCUGUUGAGUUUUGGAACCAAGUAUAUUAUAACAUGCGUGGACCAAGCCGCUGCAAUUGUUGCUCCUUGGCCCCCUUUACGCCUCGAGAAUACGGAUACAUAUUAUCAAGAUGUUGUUCCGCCAAUUCACUCUAACCGCCACCCUCUUCAGCCCGUUGAUAUCCUGCACCGCAGUUCCCGAUACCGAUUCCCAGCUUCAGAACCGCUCUCCUCAACCAUUCCCGGCCGCUCUCAUCCUCCCGAAGCCUCCCAAACCCCCAACCCCGGAACCACCAACUCCCAAAAUCCCGAAUCCUCAGACUCCCAACCUCUCACUUCUCUCAGGCGCUGGAUCCCACCGACCUAGACCUCGACCCCGUCCCGACACAAAGCGCACCAGCCUCGGCGCUAUCGAGCCCGGCGACGCGAACACCGAUGCCAGCGCCGCGGCGGACUACGGCCGCAUGAAGGACUUCGUCGAUACGUUGAUGACCUUGGCCGAGGUGAUCGUGAACGCGGCGGCGGGGUCACCGGCGGUGAACCAGACGCUCAUCCCGAUACAUCGGUGGAGGGUGAGGGGUUGCUCGCCGUGUCCGGCGAAUGUCGCCCUGUGUCCGAAGCCGGUGGAUUCGGGGAUGGGGAACAGGACGGGCAACGGGACGGGCAACGGGACGAGCAAUCAGACGAGCUGGAAUACCAUCAGUCGCCGAUUGAACGAGAGUUGCGAUGCGGGUAUAUUGCUGAGCGACCUAACGAAAACCACCGGCUAUCCCGCGGCCGCGGAGAAAUGCGCCGCGGGCCUGGAAGCGUCGUAUGAUGACUGGUACCAUUGGACGAACCCGCUGUGCUUCAUUCCAAAAAACGCGCCGUACACUCCAUCCCCUGCUCCUUGGACGCCUUCUAUGUCAAGAGGGAGUAGUGGUUUCUCAGCUCGACAGCAACUCCCCUGGAUUUUCAUGACUGUUAGUCUGAUUUUUGUAAUAUGAACAGUUUGCAUGAUUUGGAUAUAUUUUACGAAACGAAUAACGGAAUGGUGGCGUUCCGGGAAGACCACAUCGUCUUCGAGAUUGGCGUUAUUAGUAUUGUACAGAGCACGCUGUACAUAAACCGACGCUUUUAGAGAAGACGACAAGGCUGCGUGGAUUAUUGUUCCUUGAAAGGAAAUAUAACA